CCAAGGUCGCGCACUUUUUGAGCGUUCUACUCUUUCGAUGGACUUUUGAUUCUUUAUGUUAUUGAGCGUGGACAGGUUAUGUCAACUCCAAUUUCUAGUCUGAACAGUUUAUUUUCAUUCACAUCUCCUGCUGUAAAGCGGCUUCUUGGCUGGAAGCAGGGAGAUGAAGAGGAAAAAUGGGCUGAGAAAGCAGUUGACUCACUUGUUAAGAAACUUAAGAAAAAGAAAGGUGCUCUGGAAGCUUUGGAACGCGCCCUAAGUAAUCCUGGGGAGCCGUCAGAAUGCGUUACUAUCCCGAGGUCUCUAGAUGGUCGACUCCAAGUUUCUCAUAGGAAAGGAUUGCCUCAUGUGAUAUACUGCCGAGUGUGGAGGUGGCCAGACCUGCAAAGCCACCACGAACUGAAACCUCUUGAGUUCUGUCGAUUCCCAUUUUCAGCCAAAGAAAAUGAGGUUUGCAUAAACCCGUACCACUACCAACGUGUUGAAAGCCCUGUUUUACCGCCAGUCCUUGUUCCUCGCCACAGUGAAUAUCCAAGUUUGAGUGCUGUGACUCCGUCACCGGGUUUGUCUCAUUGUGGAAGCAGUGGGAUGUCUAGUUCCCGUUCGGCAUCUAAUCUAGGGAUGUUCUCAAUGACAGAUACAACAAUGCCUUAUAAUGUGAAUUAUCCACACAACUUCAGUCACUCGCCGUCUAUGCCUCCUGGAAACAGCGGAACCUCUGACAGUACGGUUGGCGGUUCUAUACAUUCCCCUAAUAAUUCAAAUCUCCAGUCCGGUUACCAAACUCAUCCCAAUCAGGACCCAGCCUCCUCUGGACAAACUAUGCAUCCAGUCAAUUAUCAAGAGCCAAAAUACUGGUGUUCAAUUGUUUAUUAUGAAUUAAAUAAUCGUGUGGGUGAAGCAUUCAAUGCUUCACAGUUAAGCAUUAUUAUUGAUGGUUUCACAGAUCCAUCAAAUAAUUCCGAUCGUUUCUGUCUUGGUCUUUUGUCCAAUGUUAAUCGAAACUCAACAAUUGAAAAUACAAGACGUCAUAUUGGAAAAGGUGUUCAUCUAUAUUAUGUUGGCGGUGAGGUAUACGCGGAAUGUUUAUCAGAUAGUAGUAUUUUUGUACAAUCACGUAAUUGUAAUUAUCAUCAUAAUUUUCAUCCUACUACAGUAUGCAAAAUUCCACCGGGUUGUUCAUUGAAAAUAUUUUCUAAUCAAGAAUUUGCUCAUCUACUCAGUCGUACUGUACAUCAUGGUUUUGAAGCUGUUUAUGAAUUAACUAAAAUGUGUACAAUACGUAUGAGUUUUGUUAAAGGUUGGGGUGCAGAAUAUCAUCGACAAGAUGUCACUUCUACACCAUGUUGGGUUGAAAUUCAUUUGAAUGGUCCAUUACAAUGGCUUGAUCGUGUACUUACACAAAUGGGUACACCAAGAAAUCCAAUUUCAUCAGUUUCAUAAAUUAUUUACACUUUGAAUAUUUCUGCGAUCAAUAGUAGCAAUAGUACUAGUACCUCACUUUAUUCACUCAAUCCACAUUCUCAUCGUCAUAUACAUCUCAUAGUGUUCCAGUUGAAUAUUUUUCUUCCCGGGGAGCAAAAUUUCAUCAUGUUUAAGUGUUAAAUGAUUCUUCCAUCCCACUUGCGUCUAAUAAGAACAUCAACAGCCUAGACAAUAGCGCCAUAAUCUAUCUGUCUAUUUAUCUAUUCAUUUAUUUACUUGUUUAUUUAUUGUUAUUCAUACUGUAUGUUAUAAUUGAUAGCGCCUCAUAUUGUUCUCUUUUGUUCAUAGCUGGUACAUGUCUUCUUUUCUUCUUUUUUUUGUCAUAAACUAAUUUUUAUUUCUCUUGAUGUUCUUUCUGCCAUUUCCUGUCUGUUUAUGUUUAUCAUCUGUUGUGAGAUCAAGUUGUAUGAAUUGUGAAGAUCUAAGUCGUGAUAGGAUACCAAUGUUCAGAUAUACACCACUUUUUUCAGUCAUUUCAUCGAAUAUCAUCAAAGUUAUUCUUUUUCAAGUUGUAUAUUUCUCUCGCAAAAGAAUCUCUAUGCCAAUAUGUUUGUGCCUUAGUUUGUUCCACUCAUGUUAGGUUUAUAUGCCUAUUUUUCAUGUAUUUGUGUGUGUGUGUGUGUGUUUAUUUUCUCCUGGUGUGUAUACAUGUACAUAAAUUUUUUCAACCUUCUGGAGUUUUUGAAUUACAUCACUUUUGCAUUUAAUAUUCAUCUUGAUAGAGUAAUACUUUUAUUUUACCUAAUGAAUUGAAUUGUGCAAUUAAUUCUGUCAUAAAUCAGUCAGUAUCUAUUGUAAUUCAUAAUAUUGUCUAUCCAUGUGGGAUUGAUUCAUUUUUCUGGUAAUUUCUGCGUUUACCACCUAACAUUGUUAGGUUAUUUAGUUAAUCCCUGUACAUGUUCAUUUCUCAACGCAAUUUCUUUACCAACAUCAUCAUCAGAAGCAGCAGCAGGAUACUUUUACUAUGCACCAUUUCACUUGAUGAUUCACACAAUAACAAAAAUUAGAAUAAUCAUGCGUAAAAACUUUGUUUUGAAUUGUUUUAUUUCUUCUUCUGUCACAUUCGUUACAUUUUAGACAGUGUACAAUGAGCGCCUUUUUGUUUGUCUGUUAUGUCAAAUAAAUAUUGAAAACCCCGUGCUAUUUUGCCUUUCUUUUUCUAUAUUCUAGUAUCAAUCAUUAUUAUUAUUAUUAUUAUUAUUAUUAUUAUUAUUAUUAUUAUUAUUAU